AUGAGCGUCGAUGGAAGCGACAGCUACAUCAGCUUGGCCGAGCUGGUGCAGACAAAUCUCAGAUUUCGGUCUUUAAAGGAGGAAUUGUCUCAAUACGAUGCCAAUUCACCAGAAUACCUUUCAGCAUUGAUUAAUGCAAUGCCAUUGACAGAAUAUACGAAUUAUCGAAGUUUUCUGAAAAAACAGGCAGUUCCAAUCCCAGGGUCCGAAUUAACACGUGGUUACAGCGCUGUUUACCGAAGUUCGCUUAGUCCCGACCAUUUGGUCUCAACGAUCCACCCUAAUUUAGCCACAUUUUUCGAUUUGUUCAAUUUUGCCGUAAAACGGUUUCCCGAAUACGAUUGUUUGGGUCAGCGUGUGUCUCUUGAUGGAUCCGGAAAGCUUAGCGACCACUACGUUUUCGAAAGUUACCAAGAAAUCCAAAAACGCAGUCGGAACCUUGGAAGCGGAAUCAUGACAGUGGUGAAUUUGAAACGCCAGCGCAGAUUUGAUGUUAACGAUUUCAUUGUGAGCUUGCUCUCGAGCAAUCGAAAAGAGUGGGUUAUCGCUGAUUUGGCGUGUCAGGCGUAUUCAAUUCCCAACACCGCAUUGUACGAGACUCUCGGGGUUGAUAGCUCACAACACAUUCUAAACAUUACCGAAAGCCCUGUACUAAUUUUGUCCAAAGUCAAAAUUUAUGCAAUUUUGGAUUUGCUACCCCAUUUGCCCCAUUUGAGCACCCUGAUUUGUAUGGAUGACCUUAGCUCGGAUGAGCUAAGUCAGCUUAAUGGACCUCUUUUACCACGCUUGACAAACGACGCUGGCGAGCGGAUCUCAGUGCUCACUCUCAGACAAGUGGAAGAAAUCGGUGCAAACAACAACGUGCCUGUCAUCCCCCCAACACCUAACACGUUGUACACCAUCUCGUUCACGUCAGGCACUACAGGAACACCAAAGGGCGUACUCUUGAAUCACAGCCACAUUACCGCCGGCGUCACUUUCGUUUUUAGCAUUUUCCGGAUACCGCCUCAAAAACGCGGAAAACAGUUAUAUGAAAUGUGCUUUCUGCCACUCGCACAUAUAUUUGAAAGAAUGAUUGCGGGCUAUGUGUUGUCGGCAGGGGUUGGUUUAGGAUUUUUACACAAGGCUGACCCAGCGGUUUUGGUGGAAGAUCUCAAAAUUCUAAAACCCGAUUUCUUUUCUCUUGUGCCAAGAGUCUUGACCAAAUUCGAAUCCGGCAUAAAAAACUCUCUGCGGGGUGACUCCACCUCAGCGCUGGCUAAAAAUGUCGCGAGGAAUAUUCUAGACCAGAAACGGACGAGGUUCCAGGCUCGCGGGGGACCUGAUCGCUCAAUCAUUAAUCAAAUUGUAUUUCACAGGGUGUUGAUUGACAAGAUCAGAGAUUCCUUGGGACUGACCAAUGUUUCCUUUUUGGUAACGGGCUCAGCCCCAAUCUCUAAUGAUACCCUUUUGUUCAUGAAAAGCGCCCUGGACGCUGGGAUUAGGCAGGGCUAUGGAUCAACAGAAACUUUUGCCGGUAUAUGCAUAAGUGAACCUCUGGAGAGAGAUUCUGGUACUUGUGGAGGGAUGGCGAUAACAUCGGAAUGUCGUCUCAGAUCAAUUCCCGAGAUGGGUUAUGAUGCAGAGCGUGAUCAAAAAGGUGAAGUUCAGUUGAGGGGGCCACAGGUUUUCACUGGCUAUUUCAAGAACCCGGAGGAAACCCGGAAAGUUCUAAGCAAAGACGGUUGGUUUUCUACUGGCGAUGUUGGCUACAUCGACGCUAAAGGGCGUCUUUCUAUUAUUGAUAGAGUCAAAAACUUUUUUAAACUGGCUCAGGGAGAGUACAUUGCACCGGAAAAGAUUGAGAAUUUGUAUUUGUCGUCUUGCCCUUACAUCUCUCAAAUUUUUGUUCAUGGUGAUUCUUACAAGACGUUUUUGGUAGCCGUUGUAGGACUGGAUUUGGAUACAUUCGAACCGGCAUUAAAGCAACGGCUACCAGCCUUGAAACGUUUCCACGGUCAGGAUAUUAUAAAACUACUGAAUGAGAACCGCGAAUACAGAAAAGAGGUCGUCAAGAUGAUGAAUACUGAAAUUACUGGGCUUCAAGGGUUUGAAAAGGUGAACAAUAUUUUGGUUGGAUUAGAACCUCUUAAAGUUGCCGAUGACACCAUCACGCCAACUUUCAAAGUGAAAAGAGUGAAAGCAGCUAAAAAAUAUCAUGAAGAACUGAGCAGGCUAUACGAAGAAGGCUCUCUUAUCAAAGUAGAGAAGCUGUAG